CGCGAUUCUCACUCAACUUUGAUGCCAUCUCCUUCUCCUCCUUCUCCUAACUGCCUCUCGUUCCUCAUCUGUCCCUCUCCGAACAAAACCACAAUGUUAAUAUAGCUAUCAGCGCAGCGCCAUAGUCAUCAAUUAAGAAACCUUCUCCUUCUUUCUAUGAUUUUCUGCUAUGACUCUAAACUUGUGCACUCCUUGCUUCUCUCCUUUACUUCAUCACCCUCUCUCUUCUUCUUCUUCUUCUCUUCCCAAACUGUCCUCUCUCUUGUUCACUACUUCCUCGCUUCCCAACCUAUCGAGGUUCCUCAUCGCUAAAGCUUCCGUCAGUGAGAGCCAUAAUGAAACCUCCGACGACACCGUUUCCGAGUCCGACCUAUUGGACCAACAACUUGUUCUCCGAGUUGCCGCCACUGCCAAAGAUUCCGACCACGCAUUGCAAAUGAUCGCCGAUAACUCUACCAGAAACGGCGGUGUCGUUUCCACCUUCGAUUGUUGCUCCAUUAUAACCGCUGCGCUUAACCGGAAUAAUCCUCAACUUGCUUUGUCGGUUUUCUACGCCAUGCGCGCCAGUUUUCAUCAAGUUGGUGAGAAUGGCCCUUUGGCUGAGAGAUGGAAGUGGUCAAGGCCAAAUGCACAUGUUUAUACAUUGUUGAUUCAGGGUUUGGCGGCAUCGUUGAGGGUUUCUGAUGCUCUUAAAGUGAUUAAAUAUAUUUGUGAGGUGGGCGUAUCUCCUGGUGAGGAGGUCCGUUUUGGUAAGGUAGUGAGGUGUCCUAGUUGUCGGAUAGCUAUUGCUGUUGCACAGCCACAACAAGGUAUUCAGAUAGUAUCUUGUGCAAAGUGUCGCUACCAAUAUGAACUUGUUUCUGGUGACAUAGUCAGUAUUCAAUCGGAAGAAAUCAGCAUGGAUAUUACAGCUUGGGAAAGGGGGUUAAGAUUCCUGAAACUGAUGAAGCAAAGCAUUCCUGCUGCUGUUCACUCUAUUGUGGUACAGACCCCUUCUGGUAUGGCUCGCACUCACAGAUUUGCAACUGAAACGGUUGAUCUGCCGGCACAAGAAGGUGAAAGGAUAACUAUUGCUGUGGCAGCUCCAUUGAAUGUAUAUAGAAAGGUGGGCCCCUUUAAAUUCAGUCCAAGGGCCCCAGAUUUCUAUCCUGGUGAGGCUAUGUGCAUAACAAACCACAAAGAUGGGCGGGAAUCACUUCUGUUAAGAGCCCCAAGAAAAGAAGAAAAUUCAUCAUUACUUAAACCCUCCCUCCUCUUUCCACUUCUUGCUUUGUUGGCCACUGGUGAUGCUGCCUCUGGACUUAUUGACCCCAGCCUGCCCCAAUUCCUUUCAGUUGUUGCAGUUUCAUCUCUUGCUGUUGGAUCUACGGUGAACUCCUUUGUUUUGCCCCAGUUAAAUCAGCUUCCGCAAAGGUCAGUAGAAGCAAUUGCUAUCAAACAACGACUUUUAUCUCAAUAUGAUGUGCUUCUGUCUCGCAUCAAUGACCUAAAAGAAGCUGCAGAAAAAGAGAUUUGGAUGUUAGCUCGAAUGUGCCAACUUGAGAACAAAAUCUCAGCUGUUGGAGAACCUUCUUAUCGGACUCGGAGUAGUAAAGUCAAAAGGGUACGAGAGAACCUGCUAAGUUCCCUCAGGGGAAGGAUUGAAUUGAUUGACAGCUAUGCUAGGAUUUCCUCAAUGAUCGAAAUUGAAGUGGAGAUGGAAACUGAUGUUCUUGCCGCUGAAACUGCUAGUAAUGUGGAUAGUAUCACAGAACAGAUAGAGCAAAUCAUGGAGCUUGAAAAUUUGGAGGAGAGAUGGAAAAUACAAGCAGAAGCCAAUGAUGAGGCCGAAAGACUUCUCAGUUCCCAGCCCAUGCCUUUUGAGGAAGUUUAAAGAUGUAUGUAUGCAUCUGGGUUCGUGCUGCUGCAUCAUUAGUUGAGCCUCACUUCCCAGCUCAAUGAUCUGUUCUUGACGAAGCAAAAGAGCAGUUUCCAGUUACCUCUGCCUUUUAGCUGGCAAUUUUUGAAAUUUUGAUAUUCUUAGAACAAUCUCCACCAUGUCUCGAGAAGGAUUGCCUUGUAUAUGAUCAUUAAUAUGGGAGUGAGUGGCAUCUAAUACAAAUAUUUUUCACCACAGAGAACCGUCCUCGUCGCUUUCAAAGUCAAAGGUAGAUAACAGCACAUAGUGAUGUAAAGGCGUUGUUAAUCAUCUUGGUACUAUUUCAUUGAGGAACAUUUAUCUGGUUCCCAAAUUCUGGUUCAUAACAAUUUCUUGCACUCGCCACAAGGAACUAAACUGAGUCCGUCGGUACCUUAAAUGCGUAGGAAUGAGUUAAUAUGUAUUAAA